AUGACUCAAGAAUAUAAAUCCACAGGUACUACUUCGACACCAACAGAAACUUCACAACCACCACAACCACCACAACCACAACCACCACAACCACCAACGACAACAGUGUGUGUCUUUUGCGGCUCGUCGUUUGGUAAUAAAGCCGUAUACGCUGAUGCUGCUGCGCAACUCGGUGAGAAACUUGCCUCAAAGAACUGGGGGUUGGUAUAUGGGGGUGGCUCCACCGGAUUGAUGGGUGCUGUGGCUAGUGGAUGCGCAAGCAAUGGAGGUUAUGUCCAUGGAAUCAUUCCCGAGGCACUCAUUUCUCGUGAACGUAAAGAAGAAGCCAUAAAUACUGAUAGGGGAAUAAAUGGCUCUUCUUCCGAGGAUGAGUUAAAUGCCAAGUUGAAAGAGUCCAUCGAUAACCAUGAUGGCUCAACUCCGAUCCCCGACUCUAAGAAAUACGGAAAGACUACGUUGGUCAAAGAUAUGCAUACAAGAAAAAGACUUAUGGCUCAAGAGGCAAAUGCGUUUAUUGCCUUGCCUGGCGGAUACGGAACAUUGGAGGAGUUGAUGGAAGUCGUGACAUGGCAGCAAUUGAAUAUUCAUAAUAAACCAAUUGUGAUUUUCAAUAUGGGCGGGUUUUACGAUUCCUUUUUGACAUUUAUACAAGAGGCGAUUAAGAAUGAAUUUGUCUCAAAGAAGAAUGGCGAGAUUAUCAAGGUUGCUAAUACUGUAGAUGAGGUUGUCGAUGCCAUUGAAAACUAUGUUGUUCCUGAAGGCAGAUUCAACUUGAAAUGGGAUACGACUUGA